AUAAAGUUUCUUAUAUUGUUUGGAAAUUUGAACCAACUGAGAAUGAAAAGUUACAUGCUCAAAUGUAUUUACAAUUUCAUUCUACUAAGAGACAAACUCUUAAAAGUGCUAAAGAAAUAUUUAAAAAGGAUAAAUCGUUAAUAUUUCAAGAAAAAUUAGGUGGUACUUCUAUUCAAAAUAGAGAUUAUUCUUUAAAAACUUAUGAUCGAUGUAAGAAACACUUAAAUUGUCGAUGCAAUUUUUUUGAUAUAAAUCAUCAGUGUGAUAAAUGUGAUUCAACUUGUGAACGAAAAAUUGCAGCUUGGGGAAGAGGUACUUUACCAAAAGAAAUUGUUGGACUAUUCGAAUUUGGAGAAUUUAGAGAAAUUGAAAAAAGUUUUACCAAAGCUUAUUAUCAAGAAGCAAUAAGAAACGAAGAACCAGAACUAUAUAAAGAACUAUCAACUUGGAUUGGUCUUUUUGAAGCCCAUGUUCGUUCUUGGACAAAUUUACAUUCAAAAGAAAGAGGAUUUAUAAAAAAUCAAUAUGAUCAAUGGUGUUGGGAAUGGCGAGUUUCUCAAUACGAGGAGGAUUUUGAACAAUCU